AUGUGAUUUAUUUUUUCUUGCAGGUUUGAUUUGAAAUGUACCAAUAGAAAAAGAAUGUGCUCCUCCAGCUGGGUUAUUCUUUCUUUUCUGAAAUUUUUUAGCCUAUAUAUAAUGCCAGAAUUUGUAUAUGCACAGAACACAUGUCCUGAGGUCACACAACAGCUUUUGAAAGAUGGCUUUCAUAGAGAUCUCUUGAUUAGGGUAGAUUUUGAUAUAGCUGAUGAAGGUCUUGAAAGUUGCAGGCUGGCAAUUAAAGUAUAUCUUCCAAGAGGAUUAUAUGUGGAUCCCUAUGAAUUGAAAACUUUACAACAGCAUAAUCUCACUGAGGCACUGGUGAUGGCGGAUGAAGUAGAUUUGGAAGUUCCUGAGUAUUUAGCAACUAAUGCUUCUGUCCUUAUUUACAUGAGACCUGAUCCUAAGUGCAUUACCUGUUUUACAGCAUUGUUACCACUGCACUGCCGGUAUUACCGGCCCUCAGAAAGUAAUGGAAAAAUCCCUGUUGUCUUGCAGAGUCCAGAAAUAUUGAUCCAUUGCCAAAAAUCCUUUUUUUCAGCAAACUGUUUGAAAGAAACUGAAAUAGCAACUCUGUGUUCCCAGAAUAACCUAGAUGUAUGCUAUUGGAACACCAUGAAAUAUCAAAUUGUAAGUAAAGAAUUGGAACUGCAGGUACCAGUUGGACUCAAAGAUCACCUUGCCUUGGUGUGUGCAGUAACACUUAUUACCACAGGACUUUGUUCCAGUUUUAUCCUUUCAGCUUUAUGCAAAUAUGGGCACUUCGUUCACUGCUCAAUGUGAAAUUAAACAAGCUUUUAUUUCUGAAAUCAUGGAAAAGCUGUUGAAUUGUCCAGACAAACUAGAGAUAAGAACAGAAGAGCAAGCUUGAUUAUGUACCAAAAGCUGGUGUUGACUCUUAGUGGCCACAUAGCUAUACCUUUUCCAGAAUGAGCUGUUCCCAACCUGGCCUUUCGGGUCUUCCAAUAGUGCACUCAUCACUACAGGUAGUCCUCAGCUUAUGACAAUUGAGACCAGAACUUCCAUUGCUAAGCAAGGCAGUCAUUAACUGAGUCAUGCCCAAGUUUAUGACCUGUUUUGCUGUGGUCGUUAAGCGAAUCACCACAGCUGUUAGUGAAUCGUGAUCAUUAAGCAGAUUUGGCUUCCCCCAUUGACUAUGCUUGUCGGAAGCUGGCUGGGAAGGUCGCAAAUGGUGAUCAUGUGACCCCAGGAUACUGCAACCAUCAUAAACACGUGCCAGUUGCCAAGCACCUGAAUUUUGAUCACGUGACCGCAGGGAUGCUGCAAUGGCCGUAAGUCACUUUUUUCAGUGCCAUCGUAACUUUGAACGGUUGCUAAACGAAUGGUCAUAAGUCAAGAACUACCUGUAUUGUAAUCAAGUCCAUCUUGCUGCUGAUCGUCUUCUCCUCAUUCCUUCCACCUUUCCCAACUUUAUGGACUUCUCAAGGAAGUUGGGACUUCAGAUAAUGUGACCAAAAUAUAUUUUGAGCCUGGUCAUUUGAGUCUGGAGUAAGAACACUGGGUUGAUUUGUUCUAUGAUCUAUUCAUUUGUUUUCUUGGCUAUCCUUGAUAUUUUCAAGAAUCUUUUCCAACACUAAUGUUCAAAAGUCUUUUUAUCCUGCUUCUUCAGAGUCCAACUUUUGCUUCCAUAGUGUGUCACAGGGAACUGUUUGCAGAGUUCUGAUCUUUGUGAGUAUAGACACAGUCAUCUAAAUAUCUGUUCUAAGUACUAAGAACAUGCUGGAUGUAAACCAUAGCUCUGAAAAUGCAAGGAAAUAGAAAAUUGCUUUAUUGAUGGAAACACUGAGCAGUUUCAAAUGUUCUUUAUUUUUCUGUUCAUAUCACUAGAGAUACUGCUAACAUGUGCUGUUAUAAUUAUAGAAAAUACUGAAUAUUUAUAAAUUUCUAUCUGGAAGACUAAAUGUCUUCAAAUGUUAUUUCAUGUAAUUUGAUUGCUUUUCACCUGUAUUAGAUUUUCUAAAAUAGUCCACUGUCUCUUUGUCCUCUGUAAAACAUUACAAAAAAACCUUGUCAUGUGUAUCUUUCACCACUGGAUAACAAAUUGCUUUAACAUUGGUUCUUUUGUUCUCUCUACAAAGUGCUAUGUGAUAACUGAGGCAUUGCUACAGCCACUACUUCAAGUUCCAUUUGAGCAGUGUUCUGCAUCUGUUGGGGCGGGGGGAAGGGAGCCUUUAAAGAAAACAGUCAGAGGGGUUUUUUUGUCACUGAAUUAGCCACAUAUGAACAGUUGAAGCAUAUAUGAAACAUCAGCUGUAAACCUAUUUAUAUUAUCCGUGGAUCUUUUAGUGUGUCAAUUUUAGGAUUUUAUUGGCUGAAAUUUACUGGAAAUAAAUACAACAUCCUGCACUUAAUGGCAAAUGAAUCUCUAACUGUAAGUAUACAAUUACAAAGAACAUUUUGGGAAAGUGUUGGGAACGUCCAAUAAGCCUAGAUAGCAGAACUUAGUUGCAGUUCUUUGUAUUGUGGUUUUAUUGUGAUGCAAGAAGCAAUAAAGAAGUUGAAAAUGAUAAUGU